UUUCAGAGUUGUUUCAUGAUUGGUAAAACUAUUCAACAGCCCAGCAUGAAUCUGUCUAUUGCAAACAGCAGUAAAUCACAGUUUCAGCACUUUGAAUCCUCCUGCCCAUCGUCCUUCCCUGCAGUCUUCUUGCUCAUCACAGCUUAUGCUGUAGUGAUAUUGGUGGGGUUUUUUGGCAACCUGUGCCUGAUUAUCAUCAUCAGAAAACAGAAGGAAAGCCAAAACGUUACCAACAUUUUGAUUGCCAAUCUCUCCUUGUCCGAUAUCUUAAUUUGCAUCGUAUGCAUUCCUUUCAAUGCUUCGUACACUCUGAUGGACUAUUGGGUAUUUGGAGAUGCAAUGUGUAAAAUAACUAACUUUGUACAAAGUAUGUCUGUCACUGCCUCCACAUUCUCACUUAUACUAAUUGCUCUCGAGAGGUACCAGCUAAUAGUGAACCCACGUGGCUGGAAGCCCAACAUUUCCCAUGCCUACUGGGGAAUUGUCUUCAUUUGGGGGUUCUCUGUGAUAAUAUCAGUUCCCUUUUUUGUGUUCCUGCAAGUUAGUGAUGAACCCCUUGAAAGCCUUUCUUCUCACACUGAUGCCUAUAUGAACAAGGUUAUCUGCAUUGAAGUGUGGCCAUCAGUUGAAGAGCGACGGGUGUUUACCACGACCAUGUUGGUUUUCCAGUAUUUCUUCCCACUGGGGUUCAUUUUUGUCUGUUAUGCCAAGAUAUAUGUGUGUCUUCAAAAGAGGCAUGGCAAAGUAGAUAACAUAAGGGAGAAUGAGAGCAGGCUAAAUGAAAGCAAAAGGAUUAAUAUUAUGCUCUUUUCUAUUGUGGUGACCUUUGCAGCAUGCUGGUUACCUCUGAACAUCUUUAACAUUGUGUUUGACUGGAACCAUGAGGCACUGAUGUACUGCCACCAUAACGUGGUCUUCAUCUUGUGCCACUUGGUGGCCAUGCUGGCGACAUGCAUCAAUCCAGUGUUUUAUGGGUUUCUAAACAAGAAUUUCCAAAAGGAUUUGGUCGUUCUGCUUCACAACUUUAGGUGCUUUGCCUCUCGAGAGUUAUAUGAGAACAUAGCCCUUUCAACUCUGAACACCGAUGUGUCAAAGGGAUCCCUGAAAUUGAACAAUGUGCCUGCAAAUAUCUGA